AUGGGUGUAACUUUUGGGUCAACUUGUGAUGAUUAUUUUAAACCGUGGAACUACCAAAAACGUUUGCAAGAUGUAAAACGUGUUGAAAAACACAAGAGUAAGCUUACCCCAAAGCAGAUAGUUGGCAGGACUAAGGUAACUCAGUUCAUUGCGACUCAAAAAUCUCACCAAGAAUUUGAACCUAUUUUAGGGCCUUUUAUAGACAAGGCUGUUGUAGAACCAUUACAUUUGGCAAACAAUAAUUGGGAAUUUUUAUUUACAGAAUUGUUCGCAUAUGUGAUAAAUUCAAAAACAGUUAUUCCAAGUAGUGCCAAAAAAAUAACAGAUUUACCCAAGAGGUGUUGUUUGAGAAAGUUUUUGUCAUGUUUAAAAAAGAAAGUAAAAGCAAACCGAUUGUACAACUCAAUCUUACGGUGGUUUAGAGAAGGUCGUAAAAGUGGCAUUGCUUUUCACUUCAGAUUCACUGGUCAAGAGACCGGAUUGAUGUGCAAUGGUUUUUCAUAA